GCGCAAUAUAUGUAUUGAGCGGUGCCAAAUGUCUUUGACCUUCAACCUGGAUGAUCAUGUUCCCGAGCCUUCCACUUCUGUAGAAGAAUUGAACAAAGAAUUAACUAAAAUGCGUAAAAUAGUGCGAGCUGCUAAGGUGUAUGCAUUCCGAGAUUUGAUGCGGAACGUCAAAGAAUUACGAGAACAGAUGUCUCGUCUUGGAGGCUGCAGACGAUUAGAAAGCAAAAUAGAACACAGAAUUUCUGAUAUAAAGCUCUCGCACAACCUCUCGGUCGUCCGUUUAUGUAAACGGUUAUUGGCAGACGAACAUGAUAAAAAGCACCUUCAGAAAUAUGGACAUAAUCUCACUCAAGAAGACCGUUUAGUUAUACGUCUCAAAUCAUCGAAACCUGUAUCAGCCUUCAUCAAAUCAUUUCGUGAAAAACAUGAGGACUGGAUUAGUCUGGUUCAUUAUUUGGUUUACAAAAAUGUGUCAGGUAAAUGGAAGUCAAGAGAGCAGAAACGUCGAAAUAGGAAAGUUCGUGGAUCCUUACCAUUGCCUCCUGCGCCUGUUAAGGAAACAGGAUUUAGUAUUCCGGAGGAUCAAAGCAACAAUCUCUCAUCCUAUCGUAUUCACAACGUAUGUUCAGAAUCUGAAAGUUGCAUAAAAACACUGUCAGCCCAACAUACUCUUAGUGGUAAUAGCAUACUCAGUGAUACUAAUUCAGAUAUGCCAGAAAUAAUCACUCGGUUACUUGAACGAAAAGGUAUUAAAAAAAGUGAAGAUUCCAAUACCAUGGAUAAUCAUACGUAUAUGACAAAUGGAUCAAUGGAACAAACAGUAAAUAAACCAAAGAGAGUAAAACUUCCAUUAAAAUCUGAUAUAAAGAUCGAAACUUCAUUCAAUUCUUGUCAUGGAAAUCCUGCAGAAAUACAACAAAUUGAUGAUUCAAUAUUUGAUGAUCCUCUUGGUAAUGAUGAUAAAGAUGUCAGAAAAUUAUAUAAGAAGAAAAAUUUUGUGAAACAACAACAUAUGAAAAAGUAUCCUUCAAAACUAAAUUCACGUAAAUCUUAUACAAAGCAUAACUUUACUAAAUUUCCAUACAAAAUGAAACAAGAUAAUUUACAAAUGCCUAGUACAACAUCUAAUCUUACAGAACCUGUUAUAUCUGAAUUAUCUAAACCUGGUUUACAUCCAUCAUGGGAAGCUAAACGAUUAGAAAAAGCAAAAGUUAUGGGACUAUGUGAAAGUUCAACGAAAGAAGUAAAACGUAUUAUAUUUGAUGGGUAAAUGAUUAUUACAAAAACAAAACAACUCAAUUAUUGAUUUAAUAUUCAACUUAGAUUUACUGUAUACAGUUAAUUGAUAAUUCUGUACAUUUAAUAGUGAUAAUAAUGAUUUAUCCACUGAAUUAUUGCAUAUACACUCAGUGAAGAUUCCUA